AGGAUAUUUCAGUCGACAUCUCCUAACAGUGGCAUAUGUUUCUUUGAAAAAAUUUAGUUUCUUACAAUACUAGUCCCAACGAAAUGGAGGAGCUGUCGAAGGAGGAGCAGGACCUGCUCAAAAAUACAUUCAAAAUCUUGGACAAGGAGAACGAGGGAGCCAUUACCUCCAAGGAAUUGGCUGUGGUGAUUCGCGGACUUGGUCGCCAGCCAAUCGAAUCCGAGGUGCAGUCCAUGAUAAAUGAGGUGGACUCGGAUGGAAAUGGAUCCAUCGCGGCCGCCGAAUUUUGCGAUGUGAUUUUGCGUAAAAUGCGCGACACAAGUAAAGAGGAAGAGUUGCGCGAUGCUUUCCGUGUUUUUGAUAAACAGAAUAAUGGCUACAUUUCCACCACCGAGUUGAGGAACAUCUUUGUAGGACUUGGGGAAAAAGUGGGCGACGACGAGCUGGAAGAAAUGAUACGCGAGUAUGACAUCGAUCAGGACAAUCACCUCAAUUUCGAGGAGUUUGUUAACAUGAUGACCUUGCGUUAGCCUUCACAAUAUAAUAAUACAUGCUUUAUAUACAUUUUGCACUGAUAAAAAGUAAAAUGUUAUUUGAUAACA